GUGCCACAGGAUUUUUUGUUUGCAUCUUGCAUCUCAAAAGAAAACCACACUAAAUGGACCAUAGCAUAGCUCACCUGGCUGCGCAUGGUAAAGCUGGUACCUAGCUAGACAAUCACUGCUGGAUCGUUUGUCAAAGUACCAUCGGCAAAAUCUUGUGGUUCCGUCCAUGGGUACCACCACGCACCACAUCAUAAAGAGCCUCAAAUGAUCACUAUUGGCCUGUUGUUUCUGCAUACAUAUCUGGCUCAUUCUAACUUGAAAAUCGAUAUGCUCCGCAAAAUUACCUCCUUUCGUCGGAGGCCAAAAGCUGAUCGUCGCGGCUCAAGCGCAGAUGGGUCCGGAUCAGAUGCUUCUUCAACUAUAGCCGCGCCAGACGAAGCUCUUUCGCGGACGACAACAGAGCGCAGCUACUUACAAGACCUCAUUCCAGCCCCUUCAAGACGACCUAGCGAGCCUCCAGCUGUUGACCACGGUCCACGAGGUCUCACGGUCGUCUACUCACCUCCCAAUGAUUCCCAUAGGGCAAACAUCGUCUUCGUUCAUGGACUAGGUGGCACGAGCCGGAAGACAUGGUCCAAGGACGCGGACCCGGCCUUAUUCUGGCCGCUCCAGUUCCUGCCGCUGGAAUCGGAUCUCCGUAGAGCUCGCAUCCUGACUUUUGGCUACAAUGCUGAUUUCCAGAAGCCGGGGAGCGUAAACACGUCAGUCUUGGACUUUGCCAAAGAACUCUUGUUUGAUCUGAAGCAUGCAAGAGACGAACAAGGAGAGGAAUUGGAUAUGGACAAGGUUCCCUUGAUAUUUGUCGUUCAUAGCAUGGGGGGGCUUAUCGUCAAAGAGGCCUAUAUACAAGGGCAGCACGACCCGCAAUACGAGACCAUAAUCAGGGCCAUAUCCGCCAUAAUAUUCCUUUCCACGCCUCACCGCGGCACUAAUCUUGCACAAACACUCAACCGCAUCCUGCAGUCAACUUUGGGUGUUACUAGCGCCAAGUAUUAUGUAUCAGAACUGAGCAAAAGCUCUUUUACUCUACAGAGAUUAAACGAGCAGUUUCGUCACAUCGCCCCCUCGCUCGACAUAGUCUCCUUUUACGAGACUAUUCCUACCCCGAUCGGCUUCAAGAACACCAAGGUUAUGGUCUUGGAGAAAGAAUCGUCUGUUCUAGGCUACCCAGGGGAGAUAUCAAAGCCUCUGACUAACGCAGAUCAUCAUGGAGUAUGCAAAUAUUCAAGUCCAGAUGACCCAAACUACGUAACCGUCAGGAACGUCCUCAAGUCACUCUUCAGCAAGAUACUCACCAGCCAGGCCGGACGCGGCUCAGAAGGACGAGACAUUACAGAUGGAAAGGGGCGCCGACAAUCAGCAGACCUGCGGUCGAUUUUGGGCAUCACAGAGCUCCCAAACACAGACUACGCCUUCUUCCGAGAUCAGUGGAUCGAGGGAACUGGCCAGUGGCUGUUACAGGAUCAAGCGUACCGCCAGUGGCUGCUGUCGCAUGAAAAAUCGCCAAACAUCAUAUGGCUGACGGGCAGUGCCGCGGCAGGGAAGUCUGUCCUCGCCUCGACGAUUAUCGAUAGUCUUGUCGGAGAUGCUGCCGACGGCUACUGCCAGUACUUCUUCAUACGCUUUGCGGACCGCAAGAAGCGUACGCUCAGCAUGAUCCUCAGAUCGCUAGCCUACCAGAUGGGGCUGAACGUGCCUGGAUUCCAGGAGCAGGUAUUAGGCUUUGCAGAUGAGGCCAUCGGGUUCGACACAGCUGACUCACGGACCAUUUGGGACUGUAUCAAGUCUGCGCUUUCCAGCAUUGAUAUUAUGAGCAAUUCUAUCUUCUGGGUCAUCGAUGGUAUCGACGAGGCCGAAAAGCCGCGCACGUUACUGAAAUACCUCGCCGACCUCCAUUCACUCCACUUGCCAAUCCGAGUCCUGCUGGUCGGUCGACGCACCAACGAACUGGAUGCUGAGUUUCAAAGGCUACCUGCAGCAGUGCGGACAACUCAUAUCGACAUAGACGGCCGGGUCGAAGACCUUCGAGCAUACGUCAACAGAGAACUCGCCUUGUUGGGAGACUUGGAUCUGAGGCAGAGCUUGAUAGAGCGUUGGGUGCGCCUAGCAGUGGAGCGGCUGAACUCCUGUUACACGCAAGCAGACGCAGAGGCGGCAUUAAAGGAGUUGCCUGGUGGUAUGAAUGCUUUGUACGACCGCAUGGCAGCGUCCAUCUCGGCCAAGUCUCCGCCGGAAAGGGAUUUCGCAACCAAGCUUCUGAACUUUGCCGCAUGUUCAGUCCGCACGCUCAAGGUCAUUGAGCUGUCGCACGCACUGGGUAAGGACGACUUCUUCGACAUGCAGAGAACUGUGGCGGAUCUUUGCGGCGGCUUCGCGGUCAUCGACAACGGUGGGAACUUUACUCUGGUCCACCAUUCGGCCCGAGAGUACCUCCUAGACCCGGACAGCAGCAGCAGCAGCAGCAGCAGCAGCAGCCGAGCCUUUGGACUGGCACGCAGUGAGGCACACAGGACGAUAUUUCUCAGUUGUAUGCGCAGCUUGACAGCCACAGGCUUGCGGGGGCAAAUAGGGCGAGGUAGUAUGCCCGAGUUUGUCAACUACGCCGCCGGUGACUGGUCAUCACACCUGGUAGCAGCCCCGAUAGGCUGCAGAGAGACAGCAAACGCCAUGCGGAAGUUUUUGUCCGGCCCCUGGGUGCUGGCCUGGAUACAUAUUCUCGUGAGGACCGACCGCCUAGGCGUCCUCGUUCGCGCCUCCAAAAGCCUCUCAAGGUUUGCUGCAGCUGCAAGGGAGCACGACGCCCUAGGCACAGAGACUCAUCAGAACGUUAAAGAGCUGGAGCUUUUUGAGUGCUGGGCUGUUGACUUCACCAAGCUGGCGGGUAAGUUUGGCGGAAACUUGCGCCGGAGCCCACAAUCUAUAUACAAGGCAGUACCAGCGCUAUGUCCACACAACUCGGCCAUAUAUCAACAGUUCGGGAAGGUCGAGCCACGAGUCUUGACUGUGUCUGGCUUUUCGAGCAAUAAUUGGGAUGACUCGCUCGGCCGCCUUUCGUUCGGGUUCCGCAAUUAUGCGGCCUUUAUUCAAGUCGCAGGUGCACAUGUCUUUAUCCUCAUUUCUUCGGGUACAGUCUUGAUAUACAAUUCGACCACCCUGGAUCACCACUCAGCUAGCCCCAUCAAACACGGUGAACGUCUGUACAGGAUGCAAACAAACAGCAGGGGCAAUACCUUGGUUACAUAUGGUUAUCGAACCACCAAAGUGUGGCAAGUAUCCUCGGGAGUAUGUACUGUGACAGUUCCAAACGUCGAGAUUGGCCUCCGGCCGCUAGUAAUGCUUCUGAAGGACAACACCCUGUUUGUCGGAACUGAUGACAGAUGUGUCCGAACGUUAGCUCUGAGCCAACAGUCACCGACAUGGAAGCUGGUUGCAGAGUUGGAGGAACAGGAGUUGGAAGGACAUUUCCUGAACGCGGCAAGCCACAUGGCCCUAAACAAGGACGGAACCAUGGUCACGGUUGCUUACCGCGGACAUCCGCUUUCAGCCUGGGAGGCGGAUGGGCCUACCCACAUCGGCCAUCUGUGGAAGAAAGACGCCAAUUAUCGAGGCGAGGUGCUUGAGGCUAUCUGGCACCCACAUGAGGCCCAAGUCUACGGUCUUUACACCACAGGCCAGAUAUUCCAAUGGUCGCCGUAUUACAACGAGGUUGAGGAGAAGUCGGUCGGUGCCAACAAAAUGACCAUGAGCCCGGACGGGAACCUCCUUGCUACUAGUGACGCGCGUGGGGCGGUCAAGAUACUCACUACCUCAUCCCUCACGAUCAUAUACCAAGUGGCUGCACAGGACCUUGUCUUGGGUCUUGCGUUCAGCCCAGACCUUCGUCGUAUCUAUGAUCUCAGAGGAGAUUAUGGUAAUGUCUGGGGGCCAAACGCUUUGCUGAGAUAUGCGGAGCCGACGGGGCAAGGACCCGACGCCGAAAGUGAGCUCGACAGUUUAUCUCCCAGCUCCAAUGUUUCCGAGAUAACCCCUAGAUGGGUUGACCCCAUCAUAGCGCUGGAGCCUUCACCGGUCGGCCGCCUUUACUGUUGCAACACUGAAAAGGGGGUGGUGACGCUGCAUGACGCGCUGCGCGGCACGGCCACAACGCUGCACGCCUCCCCUGUUUCGUUUGGCAGCAGCCUCAUGACUUGGAGCCUCGAUGGUAGAUGGCUGUGCUUUGCCGACCCGAGUAUGAGUAUCUACAUUGUCUCGGUACAGCCCGGUACCAGCGGGUCAGAUCCAGUUAUUGGGUGCCCCGUGGUUGUAUCCAUGCAAGGAACCACGAGAGGGCCCAUACUGCAGCUCGUGUUCCAACCAGACGGGAGCCACAUCAUGGUUCACACCGAAUCCACGGUUUAUCUAAUAUCAACGGCAGCCUCUGCUGUGUCCAAGUCGGCGCCGGUGGGAACGGCAAAGUGCAGAUGGAUUGUCCACCCCCAGAAUACUGCACUGGUUGUAGGAUUAGGGCCCAAAUCAGCCCAUGUGCUCGAUUGGGACCUGGUUGAACAUGAGACCUACAACCUCUGUUACAUGACUAUUCAUGAUGUUGAUAACUCAUAUUCGACUACCGCAACCGUUUCUCCGUCCCAGACACACACAAUUGAGCGCGUGUUGGUGACUCACGAUAAGAAGCGCAUACUGGCUCAGCUGGCUGUCGCAGAAGGAAGUGUUGGAGAAAAAAUAUUUUUAUCCCUAGAAGCCAGUUCUCUCUUGUCAAGUGCUACACCGCAGCAGGCUAGCUCUGCAGUAACAGCGGGAACCGAGCCAAAGGCCAUCAAUCCCUUGGUCCUUGACACGGCCGUUUCCUCACAAAUCUCCCUGGUGCUUGGAUUCUCGCCAAGCAACAGUCUGGUCUACCUAUCCGGAUCAUUUCAGGUAUGCCUUUGGAAUAUGUCGCCGGUACCACAGCUGCAUCCAAAGGUGAAGUUGCCUCACGCCGCAGAUGGAUGGCAUGGCAGCCAGGGGCCCACGGUGCUUGGGUCAGAGAUCUUCUCCUUGCCCGGAGACUGGAUAAGCAUGGAAUGCGUAAGGCUAUGCUGUCUGUGGCCAAAUGAAAAGGCCAUACUGUGUCCGCGCAAUGGAGAAGUUGGCGUCAUCCGGAGCCCGGCGCUGGUGUGA